AUGACGACGACCUCUCUCUGCCUCCCCAUUAGUGCUGACAUAGAACGCGGGUUGGAAAAGGCGGAAGAACCCCCGGCGUCUCGAGCCACCCUACCUUCACGUGACAAAGAGCCCGGCACGAGAGAAGGCCUCCUGGACGGUCCGGAACCGGAAUGGCUCAAAUCCGAAGAAUCCAGCGGUCUCGGGCACCGCGGUGAGAUUGCCUACUGGUCCGGGGUCAACAUGGCGACUCAGUACCCCAGCGCCAUGUCGCUCGAGAGAUUGAUCAACAUCUCGUCCGGAUCAUCCGAACCCCAGCCGAGACCGCUUUCCCCGAACCUGCCGCGGGACAGCGAAGAGCAGCGGAGGCGUUCCCAGGCGGUCCACGAUGCCAUGCGCCUGAUACUCUUCCGCAUCAUACUCUACACUUCGGCGUGCUUCCUGAACGAGACCGGCCACAUGCCAAAGACGGCCGUCAUGGCACACAAGGGCAAAGCGAUUGCCAUGCUGAAUGGCCAACUACGCUCCCACAACUACCAGACGAGUGAUGCGGUUAUUGCGGGCGUAGUCCAGCUCAUCGUGGAUGAGUGGUACUGGGGCGAUACCGAUGAUCUGAGGGCACAUAUGAGAGGGCUGCGGGAGAUGAUUCGUAUACGGGGCCACGACAUUGGGAUUGCCCUUGCUCACGAGAUCCAGCCGUUUCUAGGGAAUGGCAUGGACUACGAUUAUUGCGACUUGACAGUCUUGCCUUUCCGCAUCGCCCACAACACUCCGCUCCUCCCCAACAUUCCAUCCUUCGCAACCUCGGCCGAUGCGCUCGGCUUACAUCCCACCACAGCAUCCAUCCUCGACGAUAUGCGCUUCCUGAUAAACGCCGUCAUGUCCCUUCCGGACCAUGCUUCGCCCGAAACGAAGAAGCGCUUCGAUUACGUAGAGAUUGCGUUCCAGACAAGCCUAGUCGAGCCCCAACAAGCUUCUCCCACUGGCAACUCGUUUGAAGACGAUCGCGCCAAUACCCGGAGUGACGCGGAUAGUAGCAGCUCCGGAAACAACCAGGAGCCCCGCCCCCGCCCCCGCCUCAACCCCAGCCACAAGCGCAACGGGUCGAUCCGACGAAACCUAAAACACAGGUACCCGGACCUGCUGCGGACUCUCCGGGCCCGGACUACAUGUAUCGGGUGA